CCAUUUGAAAUGGUAGCUAUUUUAGGAGUUGAAGUUGCCUUUCCUUUUCAACCUUAUCCUGUUCAAAGAGACUAUAUGGAAAAGGUUAUCCAAGCACUUCAAACAAGUCAACACGCCAUGUUAGAAAGUCCUACAGGAACUGGGAAAACACUCUGUUUACUAUGCAGUACUUUGGCUUGGAGACAGUCGUUUAUUGCGAAGUGCCAAUUGUCAACUAUUUCCAAAGGACAGUCGUCAUCUCUUCAUCAUUCAGACGCUGAAUUCUUUCAAGGAUUGGAAUCAAGUCUUUCACGUGCAGUUGGAAAGGAGAAUCAACGUGCGUUGGAGAAUGACGACGGAGCCACAUUGGAUGACCUUUUUCAAAGUCUUGGUGGAAACCAAGGCAUUCAACCUACUCCAAGAAUAAUAUACACUUCUCGUACACAUAGUCAGUUGGCACAAGCUAUUGAUCAAUUGAGAAAGACAAUAUAUAGACCAAGCGUGAUUGUCCUGGGCUCGAGAGAACAACUUUGUAUUCAUCCACAAGUAUCUCACUUGCGAGGUUCGGAACAGAAUCGACUCUGUCGUUCACUCUGUGAAUCAAAAGGUUGUAAAUAUCGAAAUAACUUGAAGAAUUUCUAUAAAUAUGAAAAAAUGGCAGAUGAGAUCCUCGACUUGGAAGAUUGGGUGAAUUUCGGGAAGAAAGAAGAGAUAUGUCCCUAUUAUCUUGCGAAAGAACGGGAACCUACAAGCGAACUCAUAUUUUUGCCUUACAACUAUUUAGUGGAUUUACAUUUAAGAGAGUCUCUGCGAAUGGAUUUUUCCAACGAUAUUAUUUUAUUCGAUGAAGCUCAUCAUAUAGAAGAUAUAGCGGCCAAUUGUGCAAGUUUUGAGUUAACAACUAGCUUAUUGGAUGCUUGUAUUCAUCAACUUCAAAGAGUCAAGUCAAAAGGAGACAACCUUUCAAGUAUCCAACAAUAUUCUCAAGAUGCCGUUUCAUUAUUGUUAGCGUUGUUUCGAACACUUUUGAACGACAUGCAUCAUUUACUUGAUGGCGUUUCUGCACAUGAGUUGGUUUAUGAGCCAAGUUUUCUCUUUCAGCUGCUUUCUAAAGUCAAUCUUACGCCAAAAACAUUCGAUGCCUUUUCAUCCAAGAUUGAGCAACUCUUUGGUGAUCAGCACAGUGACUUUGAAUCUUCGGUAGAUUUUCAAAGUUCUUCUAAUGAUGCCGUAUUUACCUUUCUAAAGUAUAUGCGUUUGUUAUUCAAAUUGUCAGAAGAAGAAGCUCGUCUUUCCUAUGUGGUUUGUAUUUAUGGAGAACAGAAAACGGAGGAAACAAGAAGAAGAAUCACUUUGAGUUAUUGGUGCUUUAAUCCUGGUGUCGUUAUGAAACAACUUGUAAAAGGAGUUCGUUGCCUUGUAUUGACAAGUGGCACUUUGAGUCCUUUAUCAUUCUUAGAAAGUGAGUUGCAGAUUCCUUUUCCUAUUCAGUUGGAGAAUCGACAUAUCAUAAGUCAACAUCAAUUAUUUGUGGGAAUGUUGGGUUUAGGUCCCAGUGGAGAAGUAUUGAAUAGUAGUUAUCGCAACCGAAGUUUGAUAUCUUACAAGAGAGAAUUGGGACGAUGUAUAUAUAACUUUUCUUUGGUUAUUCCUGGAGGAAUGUUGGUAUUUUUCCCGAGUUAUCAAUUGCUAAUGGAUUGUGUCGAAUAUUGGAAAACCUAUUCUAUGCAAACGAGUGACCAAUCUAAAGAUUUUGUUUCUAUUUGGGAUUCUAUUUAUAGACGCAAGUCAUUGGUUGUGGAAUCCAAAGAAGAGAAGGAAUUCCAGGAAAGUUUUCGUCACUAUCAAGAACAAGUGGAUAGUAGGGCAAGUGGUUGUAUUUUGUUUGGAGUUUGUAGAGGACGCAUGAGUGAAGGUAUUGAUUUCUCUGAUGAAUAUGCUAGAGCAGUUAUUUUAGUGGGUAUUCCAUUUCCUCCUUUACAACAACGCAAAGUGAAAAUGAAACAACAUUAUUUAUCUACUGUGAAAAAGAAUAAUCCACAACGUUGGUAUCGAUUGGAAGCCCUUCGUGCGAUGAAUCAAGCAAUAGGUCGAGUGAUUCGACAUGAAAAAGAUUUUGGUGCGAUUAUCUUGUGCGAUGAACGUUUUCCAAGUAUGGUUCAUGAACUUUCUUUGUGGGUUCAACCUUUUGUGAAGAACGGUUGCUAUUCUUUUGGUGCAUUGCAGUCUGAGUUGAUUCGGUUCUUUAAGAAUCAAGGGCGACCUAGUUUGAAAGACCAAAAGGUAACCACACCACAAUUGAAAACUCCUCAACUAGCUGCAGGAGAUGAAGAUCAUUUAUUUCAAGUAGUUGGGAAUAAAUAAUAAUAAUAAUAAUAAUAAUAAUAAUAAUGAGAACCGAUCGGGCGAUGUUAUUC